CUUUCUGGUGUUAGGAAAGAAAUUGUUGUCACCGGAGAACUUCGUUUCAGGAAAGUGAAAGCGAAAUUUUAAUGUUUUUAAAUUCAAUAUCGUUAAAACCUUGUAUCCACAUUCAUCCGUACGUCACGUUCUCUCUCUGCUGGAUAUUUAGCAGGUUCCUUAUUCGUCUCAUUAUUGGAGAUUGGAGAGCUUGGGCGUGCCAGUUCAGACGCUCAGUUGCUGGGGAGGAGACAGGAGUGGUCGAGUGGAAGGAGAAAGAAGGGGAGGAGGAGGAGAAGGCCAAGGUGUGAAGCUAGUCGUGUGGAAUAAGGAUUCGACAAAGAGGUCGAAAAAAAGUCAAGGUUCAAUCAGUAAAAGAUUCACCCCGUCAGACACUGACCGCACCUUCUUUCGAGUCAAAGUCCCGUCCGCUCAAGAUUUGAAGCACAAGGAGCAAGGGGCAAAAUCAAGUCGCUGUCUGCCAGACACAAUCUCUAACUCUUCUAAAACCAUCAAGAAAGGGAGACGAAUUACAUCCCUUCAGCACGUCGACUACAAAAAAUUCCUCCAGUGCUACGUUCAUGUUCAGGAACUAAAACACUCCAAAGUGGACGCUGUAUUCAGUAGAAACAAAUUCCUUGAGCCCACGUCUGUUGCCACAACCACACGGCGACGACGGGCGAAAGCUGGACCACGCCCACCAAAGGCCCCCAAAAUGGACGAAGGGUUUGCCGAGUGCGUUGCCGGACUCGAACAAAUGGCAGACGCUGGGAAUAAUACCGAGGAGUCUGAGUUAACCCCAACGACAGCAACGUUGGGCCUUGUACAGGAUUUUCAGGCCAACAUUCUGAUUGACCCGUCGAACCCAGAGGAGGCCUUUACCGUCGAUCUCGGAGGGAUUGAUGAUGUCGCCAACUUCGAACAAGUAGAUUUAGUUGACACUUUUCAUAUUUCCUCAUCUCCCCCCAGAAGAAACGAAUUUGGGUCUGUGGAAAUAUCAUUUGACGAAACUGGCAAACCUCGUUGCACGUAUACGGAUUUAAUUGAGAAGGCCUUAUCAGAAAAUGGAGGGCUUACUGUAUCUGAAAUUUAUCAGUGGAUUUCGGACCAUUUUCCUUAUUUUCAACCUGAUGACGAUCGAUGGAAAAACUCGGUUCGACACAACCUCAGCAUCAACCCAUAUUUUUCAAAAGGGGAAAAGGCCCGCAGCGGAGCAGGUCAUCUUUGGACAAUUUCAGAAGAAAGUCGAGCUUUGCGUCCUGCCCUGCGUAAAAAGGACUUUGAGUACGAGGACUUGGCAAUGUGCAUUGAAAAUGAUACAGAUAGAGCUGUUGCAAAUAUUUUGGGACAAUAUCAUUUGGCCAAGAACAACAUGGAGGGCAAACCGACUCGGCCUAAUAAAAACCACGAGUCUGACUCCUUGUGUACGCCACCACCCCCACAACCACCGAAACAUGUACAGCUUCCGAGUGGGAAUGAUACGGGUGGAACUGCGAAUGAUGAAUUUAUGGAAGUGUCUCCAGUAGUCAUUGAAUAUGAAAGCAAUGGAUUCCCAGGAACUGAAUAUACAAUUGAUCUCAGUCAGUUUCAAUUUCCUGACGCGAGUGGCCUCUCUUUCGACGAUUUAAUGCCAGGAGGAUUAAUUGUAAUUCAAACUGAUGAUCAGGAUGCCAAUAAAGAAAAUGUAGACCAUGUUAGAUCAGUUGAUGCAAUGGGCACAGAAUAUCUAAUGACUCAACAAUUAGACUACUCAGCAAUUCGACACGAGUCGUCUCACAUUACUGAAACAGAACGAGUGAGUGGACAGUUGAUUUCUGAAGCGAUGACGCAUGAUUUUGACAUGCACAAAGAUAAAUGCGAGUUAAACUCAAUUCAUCAGUUGGAACAAAGCAACUGUGCAGAGGAAGAGCAACAUCAAGUAAUGCGCGAGGAACAAGAUAAUCAACAACAGAAUGAAAUUUCUCCUUCAGAGAAUACUCAGGAAUACUUAACGCUGGAUUCCAUUGAUCAGUUAGCUUUACAAGAAGUGAUUCACGGAAACAGUAACAGCGAAACUAGCAUUCAUCAUUAUCAAAUGAUGAAUGUAGCAGACUACGAACCAAAUAAAGACAUUAUUGGUGGAUACUGUACUUUCGCCACUUAAUUGGGCAAUAUAACAUAUGUAUGAACAGAAAGUGAUCGUCUGCAAUAUCCCUGUGGCUGUGCAAUGUUUUGUACAUUUUAUACUUUGUAAAUUAGGAAAAUCAUGUUAUAUCAAUGUUUAAUUCGUUAAUGAGAAACUUGUUUGAAUUGGGUAACUUGUUGAUUGAUGGUGAAUUGUAAUAAUGUAAAUAUAAUAUUAAAACGUUA